UCUCGCAUCAUCUUCUCGUUUUCUCUCGCUCUCUCGAGCUCCAUCAUUGAGCCUUCUCUCUUCGCAUGUUCGCUUAGAAUUCCCAAAUCUCUCGAUCGAUCAAUCUCUCUCGCUGUGCAAUGGCGGCCGCCAUCCUCCAAUCACUUCCCGCUCCUCACUGUCGUUCUCUCAGCACCAUCUCUUCUUCGCCACGCGCCUUUUUUUCCCCAGUCUCGGCCGCUCUCGAUGUCCGGAGUUCGAGGAUUUUGCCGACGUUCACUGGAUUGAGGGUUUCAAGACGUCCGCCCUCGGUUUUUUUGGCAGCGGCAGUGAGCCGGAGAGUUGGUCGUCGUGGUUCAGUGGUUUGUGAAGCCCAGGAGACUGCCAUCGAAGUUCCAGAUGUGACAAAUGCCACAUGGGAGUCACUUGUUUUAAAGUCUGAAGGCCCUGUGCUUGUUGAGUUUUGGGCUCCAUGGUGUGGACCCUGCCGUAUGCUUAUUCCAACCAUCGGGAAACUGUCAAAAGCUUACGAGGGUAAACUGAAAUGCUAUAAGAUCAACACCGAUGAGAACCCAGACAUAGCAACCAAAUAUGGAAUUCGGAGCAUACCCACUGUCAUGAUCUUCAAGAGCGGCGAGAAGAAAGAUACCAUUAUUGGGGCUGUGCCAGAAAGUACGUUGGUUACGAGCAUCGACAAAUUCGUUGGGCAGUAAGUGAUUAGUUGGUUUCCUCAAGUUGAGCCAGUUCCAAUUAGGUCUUCUGUUAAUGACCCCUCUGUAACUUCUGUAUAUAAUCAUGGAGGUCACACUUUCUUUUCAUGUUCUUGCAAUAAUUCUGUUAUAUUGCAUUUUGAAAGAUGGUGCCACUGGUUGUACCGAUGUUACAUUGACCCAAACCUACCUACUCUGCUUAAGCUUGAAAUAUUUUCAUCUCUGUUUCUGUCUGUCAAUUAUAUUAUAAAUGAUGAGGCGUGAAAACAAAGCAAUCUUAUGCUUGAAA